CAUCGUUCUUUUAGAUAAUUGGUUGGCUGGGUACACACCAACCGUCGCCUCAUCAAUGUACCGAGUCAGGAAAGCGUCGCACAUUGCAUCGUCACCUGUUAUCGCGCGUGGUUCACAAGGCUCAGAAAAGCUGUCCUGAUUCUUCCCCAUUCAACAUAGAAAUGUUGUGUUUUUAUUGGUCUUGAAAAAUAACUCAAGAAAAAUAUUUACCCGCCCAUUCUCUCACUUUGAAACAUCUUUAAUCGCUUUUAAUGUGGUCAGCUUUAAAGAAUAUGCUAGAAGUGCUUGAGGUUGUAUCUGCAAAAAUGCUCUGGAUGGGGGUUCUCCUUGCUUUGGUCGCAGGAAGCAGCAGUGUGUCACAUAAUGAUAUCCCAAACUCACUAGCGAUUGAACUCCAAAGCUACAAGAAAAUAGCAAACUUGGCUUUGGCAUUGGGCAACACAUCUCUUCUACCCUUAAACGAGGGAAAUGGAUUGGAAAACUUUCAACCAGUAGCUGAUGCUGUAUUACGCCUAACUGCUAUUCGACCAACUGUAAGUAAAAACACGACAGCGACAGUGUAUUGUAAUGUCUUAUCCAAUGAUCAAACAGUACUCCCCUCACAGAGUUGUGAACCGUCCUCGGUCCCCGCCACUUUUAGUUCGGAGGUUUCUCCCUCUCUCGCCCCAGCCAGAGGUGUGCCCGCGCUGGUAGGACUGCCCUUUUAAUGAAUUUCCUUAUUG